UAUACUUUUAAAGUUUUAAAUUAUAAAAAAGUUGUGUACUUUUUAUUUACUCUCGAAUAAUUGAAAAUGAGUUUAAUAAUGUUUAUAAUUGUUAUAAAAAUUUGCUGUAGUUACUCGAAUAACUUAAAUAAAAUAUUUUUUUACGAUAUACAAGAUAUACUAAAUAAUCCUGGAUGGACAGAAUUAAUGAAAAUACUUCCGAAUUCACAUGAUAAAAAUAUGCUUUUUCAAGCAUUCAAUGAUUCGAAUGACUAUUAUAAGGAAUAUAAUGCCGGAUAUGUACUAAAUAAUCUUUAUGGAACAUUACUAAUUGAAGUAUAUAUAAUUUUACAUAUUAUAUCCUUAGAUUGUCUUGAAGAUAAAACAGGAAGUAUUGAGUUUGUAUUAACAGAAUUUAGAAAGUUAGAAAAAAUGAUUAAAAUGUUUGAACCUUUAAUACAAUGUAUGACUAAAGCACUGAAUUAUUUUAAACCUAAAAGUCCUGUUUAUGUUUUACUUAAAGAAAACCCAAAAUACUACAAAAAAAUUAGUGAAUUCUUACUUGAUGAUAAUCUUGAGAAAUUAAAAAAAAAUAGCUCAAGUUAUUUAUUUGCUAUUUUAGAUAAAUUAGAAGAGGUUAACAAAUAUAUUUUUGAUAUCCAAAUGCGUUCAGAUCUAAUAACUACAUCAGAUUAUAAACCAUUUGUCGAUGAGUACAUUAAUCAAUUCAAAAAUCUUUCUGAUAAUUAUGAAAAGUAUUAUCCUAACCCAUAUCAUCAGGACAUGAAAAAAACAGUUGAAGAAGGUGUUCAGAAAUUUUGCAAAGAUUUUGGGUUUGAUUAAAUAAGAAAUUGUGAAUACAAAAAUCUCAUGUAUCUUUUUCGAUAUAUAUAUAUAUAUAUAUAUAAGUGUGUUUAUCUAUACUUUUUUAAAAAUUUUGAAGUAAUCAAAAAGUUAUCAGUGUUUUGUUUCGGUAAAUCUAACUAUUAUUAAAAAAUUAUAAUUUUUUUCCAGUUUUAUAAAUCUUCACUUUAUGAAUA